AUGUCCAAGUACAACAAGCUCAACGAAAAGAAGGUCGUUAUCAUUGGCGGUUCCUCCGGUAUCGGCUUCUGCGUCGCCGAGGCCUGUCUCGAAUUCGGUGCCUCCGUCGUGAUCGCUUCCUCCUCUCAACCCCGUAUCGACUCUGCUCUCGAGCGUCUUUCCUCCCCCAAAGCUACCGGAUACGCAAUCAACCUCAAAUCCGCCACUACCGAGCAAGAACUCGAGUCCCUCUUCGAGAAGACCGGUAAGAUCGACCAUUUGGUCUGGACGGCGGGUGAUGCCCUCCCCAAUAUGUCCCUCGAUGGGUUCGCGAAGGAUUCGCUCGCGCCUGCAUUUGAUAUCAGGUUCACGGCGUUCGUGUUGGCUGUGAAGGUUUUGACUGGGAAAAAGUUGAUCAGCGAGGGUGGAUCAAUCACUUUCUCCUCCGGUCUCGCGGGCGCGAAGCCACAGCCGGGAUGGUUCCUCACCUCCGCACUCUGUGGCGCGAAUUUCUCACUUGCGUCGGGACUUGCCGUCGAGUUGUCUCCUCUCCGUGUACGUGUUAACUGCGUUUCUCCCGGUGCGGUGUUGACCGAGCUCUGGGAUGGACUUCCGAAGGAGGCGAGGGAUGGGUUGGUUGCUGGGGUUGGGCAGGCGGCGUUGACGGGGAGCGUGGGGAUGCCGGAGGAUGUUGCGCAGGCGUAUUUGUAUGCGAUGAGGGAUGGGAACUUGACGGGGCAGGUUAUUGAGACGGAUGGUGGUAUUAGAUUGAGGUAA